UAAAUAUAGAGAAAAUUUCAUUUGUGAACUGCCACAAAAGUAGCUCUGGGUCUUUAUGGGUUAAUUCCCUGCCUCCUCUUCAUUCUCAUUCUAGUUUAAUAGCUUUAUGUCCCUCCCUUAUUCUCUGAACCUGUAGGGUCACAGAAGAGAACUGUAGAAUCCAUCCAUGUUUCAGUUUCCCUCCUACCUCUUGCACAAGCCUUUUUAUCUCUACAGCUCUUCAGUAUCCACUCUCUGUGCGUAUGUCCUUUUUUUUUUUUUUUUUUUUACCCCUCUAGUCCCGCUGUGCACCUGCUCUGUACUCUUUCAGUGAACUCAAUAUGCAGUAGCGACAAAUGCCUUAUAUAUCUAAUGUUCUUAGUGAAAACCCCAUUGAAGCCAGCCAAUGGGUAAUUCUGACUUUCUAUAAGAGAUUGAAUCCAGUAUGAGUACGCGCAUUUCUCAUGAAAAUAUCAUUUUGACAAAGUUAAACUGACCACUCCGCUGUUAAUAAAGCACCUCCAACCCUACUGCACUUUAAAAACUGACCUCUGACCUCUAGCAAAUCUAGUGGCAUUUCAAAUAAAAGACAUGAACGGGCAUAAAUACUUUAGAAACUGUCAAGAGUCAGAGGUUUUGUUGUGACAUUUCUCUUGGUUGGUUGUGUGCACUGGUUGGUCUGCAUCCUGUGAGAAUUGGACCGAGCUUUUCUUAAUCUCUUCAUGUAAUGAGUUUUCUCUUUUUUGGUAUUCAGAUUAAUUCUGGGAUUGGUCUCAGUCCAAUGUAAUAGUGUUUGGUUGUCUCUAAUCUCCUAACCUCAUAAAUCUUAAUCAAAACCAAAGCAGUAUUUUUUUUUUUUUUUUUUAUCAUUAUCUAAUCCAUCAUGAAUGAGGCCAUGGAUUACAACUGUGACCUUGGCACAGCUGAGCGGAGCUUUAUUCCUUCUUCAUAACCUACAAUGACCUCACCUGGACAGUAAGUGUAAUUUUCCUGAUCCUUCUAGCUGUGAAAACUUAAAAACAAUGUUGCUCUGUGAUCUUACAGCACAGGGUUGCCAACUGGGAUGGAAAGGGAUAAAUGAUCACCUCAACCAGAAGAGUGUCUCCGGAUAAAUCUGAAGUUAGAAUCGCCUUCAGCCUUGACAACACAUCAGAUGUAAAAGAUGUGGAGGAUCGCUCUCAGACUUUCCCGGAUCUUGAACAGCGGUUGCAGCCAGUGCCCCCUUGUGUGUCUCUGAGGGAGAGCGUUCAGGUGUACAAGGAACACUGCAGGAUGGCAAGAGAGUUCCACCAGGUCAAACACGAGAUCGCUGUGCUCGAGGACCACAAGCGUAAGCUCCUGGCAGAACUGGUGGAAGAUGAGAAGGUUGCCAUGGAGAUUGCCCGUCUAGAAGAGGAGUUUCGGCGUCUAACAGAAGAGAACCGCACCUUGGUGACUGUCCACAACGAGCGCGCUCAGCAGCUGCAGAGGCUCUGCCUGACCAAUCAAACGAGGCAGGACUCCUCGUGACCUCUGACCUCCACAGAACCUGAGACCUCCAGAUGCCCAGCUGACACCUUGAAACCAAACCAGUGAUAAAGUCUCAGCUAAUGCUUCAAAACUAGUCUGUGAAUCAGCAAAAUACACAGAAAGCCUCAGAGAUAUUUAAUGUAUGAGUCAGAAGAACCACAGACAUAAUGUUGUCAUCGGUGUAAAGCUUUUAUUUUGAUUCUACUGAACUACGACACAUGAUACUUGGAUGCUAUUUUUGUUAUUAUGGGAUUUUACAGAACCUGCAGAUUUCAGGUCACCAAGUCAGCAACUGUGAAUGUGACCAGAUAUUCUGAUUUUAGUCUCAGGUCCUGUGGAGACUCAGAUGUUUUACCUGAGAAAACCAAAGGUUAUAUGAUGUGGUCCAAACUUUGAAUUGUGAGGAGUGUUGAUCCUAAACUUCUGUAUCCCGCCUCUGCACCCCCUCGUGUCCUUCGACCUCAACACUCGCCUUGUAAGUUCCUCAAAUGUUGAAAAAGGAAAUUGGAUGAGCAUUAAACACAUUGUCAGGAUUGAGGAAUUAAAGUCACUUGUGAGGAAGAGCAAAAGAAGAAGGGUUAUUUCUCAAUAAGUAUCUGCUGCAACACAACACUGUAAAAGUUGUACAUUUUUUCAUGAAGUGUGUUUAACUACCUGAUGAAGGGGAAGUAAACAAGAUAAACAGCUACCUAUCAACCUCUUCUAUUAAUAAAAUGCAUUUUAUUUUA